AUGCCUACCCAAAGAUCGGUUGUCGAUUUUCUGCGAAAAGUGAUCUCUAUAUACGACCGGGAGGAGCAGGGAUAUCCUCCUCCAGUUCCCAACCCUGGGAAUGUCCCACCUGAAAGCCCAGGCAUUAACAGAUCCUUCUCUGUCGCCACUACCGACGUUGCAGCCCUCGUCCCCUCUAGUGAUAAGCUUCUCCUCUUUCGAUCCCUUACGGGUAUCGAUACGGUCCCUGCAUUGCGGGCCAACGGCCACUCGGUCCGUUCCGCGCCGAACAUUGGCAUCUACACUCGUGUUGUUCGCAACGAACGAAAAGCCUCCUUUCGACACAAGGGCUUUAGGAUCCUUGUUAGCACCUGUCUUGCGGCUCAAAUCAUAGUCGCCGCCACGCUUACUGCGCUUGGAGCUGCCAAUGGCUCCCACAAGGCAGUCACAGCAUUCGGGGCAAUCAACACCAUCAUCGCAGGUCUCCUGACAUACCUCAAAGGGUCUGGACUUCCCACAAAGCUCAAGACCAGAAAAGACGAAUGGAAAAAAGUCCGAGAAUACAUUGAGCAGCGCGAGCGAGAGUUCUGUCUGGCGGACUGUCCCCUCAAUAUCCAGGAGGAAAUCCAGAUUGUCGAAAACAUGUACCAGCGUGUCAGCACCUGGCUAGAGACGGGUAAUAACCCCGAAAUGCCGCAGUACCCUCACCCAGAGAUUGAGAGGCCGAGAAGUAUCUUAUCCAUGUCGCCUUCUAACAGGCGGUACUCGUUGCGCCCGGAUAUGACGACACCUGCGCCGAUUGCGGAAGAGAAGAGGGAGAGAGACCAGGAUGAUUGA